GAAAGUGGUGACACAGCUGGAUGCAUGUCCAACAGCAUGGAAAGGCAUUUGACGAAAGCCAUGGGACUGUGUGAUCUUUCCACCAUGUUUGGGAAAAAGAAGAAGAGGCUGGAAAUCUCCGGCCCCUCCAACUUCGAGCACCGGGUGCACACCGGCUUUGACCACCGGGAGCAGAAGUUCACGGGGCUGCCCCAGCAGUGGCACAGCCUGCUGGCAGACACAGCCAACAGGCCCAAGCCCAUGGUGGAUCCCUCAUGCAUCACCCCCAUCCAGCUGGCUCCUAUGAAGACCAUUGUUCGGGGGAACAAGCCUCGAAAGGACACUUCCAUCAACGGGCUGCUGGAGGAGUUUGACAACAUCUCGGUGACCCGCUCCAACUCGCUGCGGAAGGAGAGCCCUCCCCGGCACCACCAGGGCAGCGCCAACCACGCGCCCCGGCCCCGGGAGGAGAAUGGCUUCAUCAUGUGCUCGCAGUACUCGAGCGAGUCGGACAGCACGGCCGAGGGCUCGGGGGAGCGGCUGCGGGACCGGGCCCUGUGCGGGGACGAGUGGGACCGCUACUGCCAGGGCAGCCUGGCCGCCAGGCACAACGGGCACCUGCUCAAGGUCACGGCCCGUGACUUCUACUACUCAGAGGUGGCCCCCCUGCAGCCAGAGCUGUCCCGGUUCCUCCCGGAUUACCAGGCUCACCUGGAGAGCAAGCCCAAGGCGCUGGAAUACGGCGGCCUGAGGCUGGAGUACCAGCGCGUGCCCAGCGGCUCCUCCCUGGACUACCGAGAUUCCUUCCCCUACGCCCCGUCCCGGGCCUCGCUGCAGAGCGAGGGCCCCCGGGACAGGCUGGACUACGGGGACCCUGACUGGGGACACGGCCUCGCCAAGGAGGACAUGGACAAGAGGCCCAAGUCCUCGUACGUGGACCCCGCGAGCCCCCAGCCGGCCAUGAGGCAGAGGUCCAGGUCGGGCUCGGGCCUGCAGGAGCCGGCCAUGCCCUACGCGGGCAUCGCCUUCAAAGCCCACCAGCAGGGACAUCCCUACAGCUCGUACACCUACCCCCGGCUGUCCGAGAGCGCAGCAGGAGUGCCCAAGGUGGACUAUGAGCGAGCGCAGCUGGUGGUCAGCCCCCCGCUCUGUGGCUCAGACACGUACCCCCGGGGCCCAGCCAAGCUACCUCAGAGCCAGGGCAAGGGCAGCUACCCCGGCGGCGGCAGCUACCAGUACCCCGUGCCGUACCACAAGGCUCCCCACGUGCCGCAGCCCGGCUCCCCGUUCGUGUCCCCGGGCUCGUACCCCAGCUCGCCCGGCCUGGCGCCCGGCACGUACCCCCCGCCCAGCUGGGGCUCGUGCUCGGAGCAGGCGCCCUCCAGGGUGUCCCACGAGCAGUUCCGCGCCGCCCUGCAGCUGGUGGUGAGCCCCGGGGACCCCCGCGAGUACCUGGACAGCUUCCUCAAGAUCGGCGAGGGCUCCACGGGCAUCGUGUGCAUCGCCACCGAGCGCCACUCGGGCAAGCAGGUGGCCGUCAAGAAGAUGGACCUCAGGAAGCAGCAGAGGAGGGAGCUGCUCUUCAAUGAGGUGGUGAUCAUGAGGGAUUACCACCACGAGAACGUGGUGGACAUGUACAACAGUUACCUGGUGGGGGACGAGCUCUGGGUGGUGAUGGAGUUCCUGGAGGGCGGCGCCCUGACCGACAUCGUCACUCACACCAGGAUGAACGAGGAGCAGAUCGCCACGGUGUGCGUGUCCGUGCUGCGCGCCCUGUCCUACCUGCACCACCAGGGCGUCAUCCACCGCGACAUCAAGAGCGACUCCAUCCUGCUCACCAGCGACGGCAGGAUAAAAUUGUCUGACUUCGGCUUCUGUGCCCAAGUGUCAAAGGAGGUCCCCAGGAGGAAGUCCCUGGUUGGGACACCCUAUUGGAUGGCACCAGAGGUGAUAUCCCGCCUGCCCUACGGCACUGAGGUGGACAUCUGGUCCCUGGGCAUCAUGGUGAUGGAGAUGAUCGACGGGGAGCCGCCGUACUUCAACGAGCCGCCGCUGCAGGCCAUGCGCCGCAUCCGGGACAACCUCCCGCCCCGCGUCAAGGACACGCACAAGGUCUCGGCAGUGCUGCGGGGCUUCCUGGACUCCAUGCUGGUGCGGGAGCCCUCGCAGCGAGCCACGGCGCAGGAGCUGCUCCGACACCCCUUCCUGAAGCUGGCCGGGCCCCCCUCGUGCAUCGUGCCCCUCAUGAGGCAGCACAGGCACCGCUGAAGGGCUGCUGGGGAGGGGCAGCGCAGAGUCCGGCUCGUGGCGUGCGGGAUCGCAGGCAGGGAGGAGGAGGAGCAGCAGAGCCUUGAGGAGGAAGGCAGCCCUGAGAAACGCUGCCGUGUGUACAGAGAGCCCCGGGGCAGGCAGCGCUCCCUGCUCCGCCGUGCCAGGGACAGGAGCAGGCCGGGCACCACGGCUGCCAGGCAGGGCGCACCCAAUGCCAGCCUGGGCGAGGCGGCACGGAGCCAAACAGCUGAGCUUCACCGCAGGCUGAGGCACUUCUGGCUCAGAAGAACACUUUUCUGACAAACAAAGCACUUUUUAUCUUGGCCAGAGCAGCGCAAUGUAUUUUGCAAGAAGUUUGUAAUUUUCUGUACAGUACGUUUUGAUAACUUGCAGUACUUUGUCAUGUACCUGUUGUGUUAGUUAAGUAAUAAGUGUAACUUAGAGAAUUUGAGAAGAUAAAGUUUCCUACUUUUUUAAACCCUUUUGAAAACAGGAGAAAAAAAGAAAAACAAAAAAAAAAAAGAAACCACAGCCACCUUUAUGAAGUUGUAAGGUUUUGUAGAGUUCCCACGGGGUGAGCAGGGGGCUGAUCCUGCCCUGACGGCCGGUGGAAGCGCCUGGCUUGGGGCACUGGGUGACAGAAGCAGCCCAGGCCAGCCCUGCCCCUGGCUGGGGAGCAAUGCCCCUGCCCAGCCUUGGCCCAGGGGCCUCCCGGGCUGGCCUGAGCCCUCUCUUGCCGUGCCACCACACCUGCUCUGCCACCACAGCAGCCUCCGUGACUACUGUCACGCUCUGGCAGGGGACAGGGAGAGCAGCAGCUCCUCCUGCCAGCCCAGAGGGAUCCCCAGAGCUCAGGCAGAGCCCUGGGAUCAGUUGGGAUGGGAUGAGCUGCCAGCGUUUGCCAGAGAGGAGGAGUCGUGCUGCUGUCUAGACCUUUCUGAAUGUUGAUGCAACAGUUGACUACUGCGGUACAAUUUUGUGUUAUUUGUUGGAUGACUUUGCAUGUUAACUGUAGGCCUAAAUAGAUUUGCCUUUAAAGUUUUUAGAAGUGCUUCAUAAUUAUUUCGAUGAGAAACUAAUUUUAUUUAUUAACGAUGAGUUGGUUUUAAUUCUGUAUAAUACAAAAGCCAUGUUUUUCAAGUGUUUUUUUUCUUACUGACCUCAUUUUAUGGUAUCUUUAAGAACCACAAAGCUAACUUUGUGAAAACACAGUUUCUUUCUUUUUAUGAAAUUUCAUAGUUAAUAAAUUAAUUAUUUAUUGUAGUAAAUUAUAACCAAACAUCUAAACCUGGCAGGAGCUGUUGCUUAAAGAUCUUCUUCUGGGAGAAAAGAGUUGCCAGUAGUAAAGAAGCUCCUUAAGUUCUGCCCUUAAAUAAUAUUUGGAGGGAGAGAAGCAAUUUAAAAAUAAAAAAGGAAGAAGGAGAUAAGGAUGACCUGGAACAUGGAAGAGCUGUUCUUACAUCAGUGUCUUACCCCAAUGCUCUCUCCCUAGCCCUGUUUGCACAUUUGAAGAAGAUGCUGAAGAAAACGUUUGGCUCCCAGAGCCCACCCAGCAGGGAGCACCCCCAGCCUCCCAGGGCUCUCUUUUGUAGUCUUGACAACUCAGGAAACCAGGCUGCCCCAGUCCAGGCAACGGCACAACUUAGUACUAGCUACAGAAUUACCUUUUGUAACCAUCUUUGGAUAAAAAGGGGGUUGGUGGGAGUUUUUUCUUCAAUAUUCAGCACAUUUUAGGCUGUACAAGUGAAGAAUUUUCUGCAACUUUCUUAUCAUUAGAUACUUUAAGCAGUGUUCAUCGAGUUUACUGAGAGUUUUGUCAAUUUCAAAGGGGUUUUUUGUGAACACCAGCUACUGGUGAAACAAAUGCACAUGCAAGUUCAAUAAAUUCAUUAAUAAACACUUCAAGUUUCA